UUUCUCUAACCGUAACGUCAUCCCCGUGCGCCGUGACAGUGCCUCCCGGAACGCGCGAAUCCUUUUGGUGUAAGGAGUGGAAAAUGAAUUGAUCUCUCCCGCCCCACUCUGUUUUUAGUCCUUCACUCCGGCUGCGCCUACACUUUGAGCCAUGGAACAGAAGAGGGGGAACAAAGCACCCAGAGCUGGAAGCGGCGCCCGCCGGGCAUGACUCGGCGACGCCGCCAGCCGCGUUACCCGGCGUGCCCCGCGCGGCGCCGGCGGAGGGACGUGGGGGGAGGGGUGGGGAGGAGGAAGCGGCGGCGGCUGCGGAUGUCGCUGCGACCCAGCGGCGUCUGAACACACGGUGGCUGCCGAGCGCCCGACCCGGGCCUGCGCCGGAGCCCACGCUCAGCUCCGCAGCCCCUCGCCCGCCAGGGCGGCUCUGCGCCCGUUACCACUGAGGCGGCGCGUCCUGCAUUCUCUAUUGCCCGGGCCAGCGGGCUGUGGCGUCUCCUGGCUCCGUCUCGCUCGUCUGCUCGCUACUGAGUCACCGCCGCCGCCAUGGCCGAUAGUGGUGAAAGCGGUGGCCCUCCGAGCUCCCAGGACAGCACCGCCACAACCGAAGGUGCCGGCGCCCCCGCGGCCGCUGCCUCCGCGGAGCCUAAGAUCAUGAAAGUCACCGUGAAGACCCCAAAAGAGAAGGAGGAGUUCGCCGUGCCCGAGAAUAGCUCCGUCCAGCAGUUCAAGGAAGAAAUCUCUAAACGCUUCAAAUCACAUACCGACCAACUUGUGUUGAUAUUUGCUGGAAAAAUUUUAAAAGAUCAAGAUACUUUGAGUCAGCAUGGAAUUCAUGAUGGACUUACUGUUCACCUUGUCAUCAAAACGCAAAACAGGCCUCAGGAUCAUUCAGCCCAGCAAACAAAUACCAGUGGAAGCAAUGUUACCGCAUCUUCAGCUCCUAAUAGUAACUCCACAUCUGGUUCUGCCACUAGCAACCCUUUUGGCUUAGGUGGCCUUGGAGGACUUGCAGGUCUGAGUAGCUUGGGUUUGAAUACUACCAACUUCUCUGAACUACAAAGCCAAAUGCAGCGGCAACUUAUGUCCAAUCCUGAAAUGAUGGUCCAGAUCAUGGAGAAUCCUUUUGUCCAGAGCAUGCUUUCAAAUCCUGACCUGAUGAGACAGUUAAUUAUGGCCAAUCCACAAAUGCAGCAGUUGAUACAGAGAAAUCCAGAAAUUAGUCAUAUGCUGAAUAAUCCAGAUAUUAUGAGACAAACAUUGGAACUUGCCAGGAAUCCAGCAAUGAUGCAGGAAAUGAUGAGAAACCAGGACCGUGCCCUGAGCAACCUGGAAAGCAUCCCAGGGGGAUACAAUGCUUUACGGCGCAUGUACACGGAUAUUCAGGAACCGAUGCUGAGUGCUGCACAAGAACAGUUUGGUGGUAAUCCAUUUGCUUCCUUAGUGAGCAAUACAUCCUCGGGUGAAGGUAGUCAGCCUUCCCGUACAGAAAAUAGAGACCCAUUACCCAAUCCGUGGGCUCCACAGGCUUCCCAGAGUUCAUCAUCUUCCAGCGGUACCACCAAUGCUGUAGGGGGCACUGGUGGUGGUGCAGCCAGUGGCACUGCUGGGCAGAGUUCUACUGCACCAAGUUUGGGGCCUGGAGUAGGAGCUAGUAUGUUCAACACACCAGGAAUGCAGAGCUUGUUGCAACAAAUAACUGAAAAUCCACAACUUAUGCAAAACAUGUUGUCUGCCCCCUACAUGAGAAGCAUGAUGCAGUCACUAAGCCAGAACCCUGACCUUGCUGCACAGAUGAUGCUGAAUAAUCCCCUAUUUGCUGGAAAUCCUCAGCUUCAAGAACAAAUGAGACAACAGCUCCCAACUUUCCUCCAACAAAUGCAGAACCCUGAUACCUUAUCAGCAAUGUCAAACCCUAGAGCAAUGCAGGCCUUGUUGCAGAUACAGCAGGGUUUACAGACAUUAGCAACGGAAGCCCCCGGCCUCAUCCCAGGGUUUACUCCUGGCCUGGGAGCGUUAGGAAGUACUGGAGGCUCUUCAGGAACCAAUGGCUCUAGCUCUGCCCCUAGUGAAAACCCAAGUCCCACAGCAGGAACCACUGAACCUGGACACCAGCAGUUUAUCCAACAAAUGCUACAGGCUCUUGCUGGAGUGAAUCCUCAGCUACAGAAUCCAGAAAUCAGAUUCCAGCAACAACUGGAACAACUCAGUGCUAUGGGGUUUUUGAACCGUGAAGCAAUCUUGCAAGCACUAAUAGCAACAGGAGGUGAUAUCAAUGCAGCUAUUGAAAGGUUACUGGGCUCCCAGCCAUCAUAGCAGCAUUUCUGUAUCUUGAAAAAAAUGUAAUUUAUUUUUGAUAACGGCUCUUAAAUCUUUAAAAUACCUGCUUUAUUUCAUUUUGACUUUUGGAAUUCUGUGCUGUUAUAAACAAACCCAAUAUGAUGCAUUUUAAGGUGGAGUGCAGUAAGAUGUGUGGGUUUCUCUCUUUUUUUUUUUCCUUUUUUUUUUUUU